AUGGAUGAGCCUCAAUUGAGGAAAGUGGGUGAGAAAGUAAUUUCAAGAGAGGUGGAUGACCAUCCGGGGAAAAAGCAGAUAAGAGAGAAGAAGGAGAAGGAGAUAAAGCGACUCCGAGAUAUAAAAGCAGUAACGAGAGACGAUAAAGAGAUGUUGCGGAGAGAUAUUGCUACCCUGAUACUAGGAGACGGAAUGGAAGCAGAGGACGCCGAUGAUAUGCAACGCCCUUUCGAGUGGGAGGAGGAAUGGGAGGAGGUGGAGAAUGAUGGGAGGGAAAAGGAUGUACGGGGAGGAGGAGGAGGAGGAGUGGGAAAAAGGUGUAGGAGAGGAGGAGGAGGAGCAGGAGGAGCAGGAUUAGGAGGAGGUGGUAGUGAAGAAGGGCGAGGGGAGGUGGAGAAUGGUGAGAGGGAUAAAGGUGUAGGAGGAGGAGAAGCAGGAGGAAGAGGAGAAGGAGGAGGAGGACUAGGAGGAGAAGGAGGAGGAGGAGGAGGAAGAGGAGGAGGUGGUGGUGAAGAAGGGCGAGGGAAGGAAAAAGGGGUAGGAGUUGGGGGGAAAGGAGUAGGUGGAGAAGAAGAACGAUGA